CAAAGCUGGACUAGACGUCACUGAAGUCUCGCCUCGCCCUUUUUUGGAUUCUUCUCCGCCAGUAUUCCAACCUACAGAAUCCUUAACAGGGAUAUACGUUGUACAGCGUAACUGCUUUUCUCAUAAAACAGAUACUCGUAUUUUUCAUUCUUCAUUGACUCGCUGUUUUUUCCCCGUCUCUACACGCAAGUUCAUUCUGUUUUUAUAGACAACAGAGGUUUGGGUUGGUUCUAUUCUAAAUCAUCAAGAAACAGAAAAAUAGACCCGAUUGAGAAAACAGGAAAAUGGAGUCACAAACCAUGGAUCAAUUGAAGAAGGAGCUACCAGUGGAGCAGGAGACCCUUGUGCUUUCUGAUGACGUUAAUACUGGUCUUGUCCUUGUUGAUAUAGUCAAUGGCUUCUGCACUGUUGGCGCUGGAAAUUUGGCUCCAGUUGCACCUGAUAAACAAAUUUCUGGGAUGGUUGAUGAGUCAGUUAGGCUUGCUAAAAUGUUCUGUGAAAAGAAAUGGCCUAUAUAUGCUUUACUUGAUUCUCAUCAUCCCGAUAUCCCUGAGCAUCCUUACCCUCCUCAUUGCAUUGCAGGGAGUGAUGAAUCCAAACUGGUUCCUGCUCUACAGUGGUUAGAAGAUGAACCUAAUGUGACAUUAAGGUGCAAGGAUUGCCUUGAUGGCUUUCUUGGUUCAAUUGAUAAAGAUGGUUCAAAUGUCUUUGUGGAUUGGGUGAAAACCAACCAGAUCAAAGUUAUUUUGGUUGUAGGGAUAUGCACAGACAUAUGUGUGCUUGAUUUUGUUUGCUCUGCACUUUCUGCGAGAACUCGAAGAAUCCUUACCCCAUUGGAAGAUGUUAUUGUAUAUUCCCCUGCCUGUGCUACUUUUGACCUUCCACUCCAUGUUGCCCAAAACAUCAAAGGUGCUUUAGCUCAUCCUCAGGAGCUGAUGCAUCACGUUGGCCUUUACAUGGCUAAAGGAAGGGGAGCCAAGGUAGCAUCGGAAGUUUUGUUUGAUAUACCAGUAGAGAUAUGAUCUAUCUCAUGGAGGAUCCUGUGUAUUGUCAAUGUGAUAAAGGCUUCUAGUGCGUCUAGCUGUUUAUCUUUGGGUUGAAAAACAGAAAUGACCUGCAAAUGUUAGAGGUCUAGUGCUAUGACUGAUCACUGUACAUUGAAGUUCGUAGUUCUAUAUUAAAGAUCUUUGAUUAGAUUUCAUGGUA